AUGGAUCAGCUGAAAACAAUUAGUACCCCAAUAGGGCAGCACUCAAAACUUUCAGUCACUCAAGCUCCAGAAACUGAAGAAGAUAAGGAAUUUAUGCAGAAAAUACCAUAUGCUAGCAUGGUGGGAAGCAUCAUGUAUGCCAUGGUUUGCUCUAGACCACAUCUGACCUAUGCUGUCAGCUUAGUCAGUAGGUUUAUGAGCAAUCCAAGAAAACCACAUUGGCAUGCUAUCAAAUGGGUAUUUCAAUACCUUUCUGGUUCAAGGAGUCUGGGAGUGAAGUUUGGUAAAAAUGUGAAAAGAGGAAGUGAGCUAGAAGGUUUUGUUGAUUCAGAUUAUGUAGGUAAUAUUGACACAAGAAAGUCUUUGACUGGUUUUGUGUUCACUACCUUUGGAGGUGCCAUCAGCUGGAAGGCAAAUCUUCAGCCAGUAGUUGCCUUGUCAACAACUGAGGCAGAAUAUAUUGCAAUGACUGAAGCAAUAAAGGAAGCUAUAUGGUUGAAGGGUAUAUCACACGAAUUAGGUAUGUAUGAGGGGAAUAUCACAGUUCACUGUGAUAACCAGAGCACAAUUCAUCUUGCCAAAAAUCAGAGAGAGAAAGAACCAUGGUACGAAACCGAUGUGAGGAUACUUCUUCGAGAUGUAGAGACCAGGAGGCUGGAAACCCUCCACUGGGGACAAGCAAUAGGGGAAGCUAUUUGCCAGAUAACUGAGGUAGUGCGCAAUUAG